UCAUAGUGUCACGACCAGCCCCCCAGACGACAAGACGUACUGUGGUAGGAACAUGAAACGAGCAAUGGAAAAAAGAUAAUGCCAGCAUUUCCGAACUUAUGUAUUGCGCACGAUGUAUUUCCCGGAUUAGCAGAGCCAUGAUAGUGUUGACAUUUGUUCGAAAUCGGAAUCUCAGCACCGCUACGUACCUGACAGGAGAUAAAUCCCCCCACCGUACAGAUACUCCAGGUGCACUUUUGCCCUUGACAACUCACAAGAUGCCACCGGUAGGCUUUCGAUCCGUUGUGCAAACAAAAAAGACUAUACUUGGACGUAUUGCGGGACGCACAAUGGCAACCAAGGCUCGCUUCUCCGAUGGUACAGAUGAGGCUACCGCAACGCCUGCUCUCAAUGCCUUGCUAUCAAAACAUUGGACGCUCGCAAAAGAGGGUGAAGCACUGGAGCGGAGCUUCAAAUUCAAGACGUUUUCAAAGACGUGGGUAUGUUCAUGAAUAUACGACUCCCCUCCUAGCAAUACUGAUAUUUGGUAGGACUUUAUGACUGCAGUUUCGCUGCAGUGUAAAAUAAAAAACCACCAUCCCGAGUGGUCCAACGUAAGGACAACGGCUCUGGCCCCAUACACAAGUCCGCUGACGACCAAUAGGUGUACAACACGACAUUUAUCAGAUGGACAACCCAUAAUCCCAAAGGUCUGUCAGACAAAGACUUGGACCUCGCGACCAAGUGUGACGCCAUUGCUGCCGAGCUGGGAGAGCUGGCUCCCGAGCCCCCCAGC